AUGACAAUGCUCAGCACCAAGAAACUCAUCAAAAUGGCUAGGAGAUGGCAGAAGUUUGCAGCCAUGCAGAGGAAGAGGAUUUCAUUUUCAAGAAAUGGAAUUGAUGCAGACAGUUUUUGUAUAUCUUCAUCCUCUAUCGCCGGAAAAGGCCAUUUUGUAGUCUAUACUGCUGAUCAAGUCCGCUUUGUCGUUCCAUUGGCUUACCUCGAAAAUGAGGUCAUUAGACAGCUCUUAAGCAUGUCCGAAGAAGAGUUUGGAUUGCCAAGUAGUGGCCCUAUUACAUUACCCUGUGAUUCAGCCUUCAUGAGCUACAUCAUUUCACUAAUCAAGAAAGUUGUAGCUGCUGGAGAUCUUCACAAAGCAGUGCUCCUUUUGAUUCCUUCAUUAUAUUAUUCAACUUCUUCUUUGCACCAAGAAAGUGGAAGCCGGCAGCUUCUUGUUUAUUGA